AGUGAGGUUAAUAUGACAACUCACGCGAACCUUUGUGUUACGCUAUAUAUGUUUGGUUGGUUUGUUGAGCUAGGAAGCUAAGCUACAAACCAGCGCUGACUUCUGCUUAGUCGGGUAACAAAGACAAAAUAAAUAGUUAAAAUUGAAACCAGAAAUCCUCAGUACACCUGAGGUGUUGCUGUAGUCGAGGUAUUGCCAUGAUAGUAUGCAAUGUGUUGGAGAGGCAUCUCGGAGUUAGCUUUAGCUGCUCAUAGAUGUUGCACUUACUGUAGCAUCCCCUCCACAGUGCAAUGAUAAACAUGACAGGUCUAGGGUCAGGCGUCAGUUCAGCUGCAAAAAAUGCACUUCGCUCACUGUAAAAUAGAUAAAUAGAUAAAAUUAAGAGCAAGAGUACACAAUAACUUUGCAUCUUUUCUGUCAUGCAUGUGAAAACGUGUGUCUUUCAUUUGCAGAGGCACUUAAUCUGUUCUCUUUUCCAGAGUGACGAUUCGGAUAUAUGGGAUGACACAGCAUUGAUAAAGGCUUAUGACAAGGCUGUUGCAUCAUUCAAGACUGCCCUUAAGGGUGAAGAUGAGCCGGAGGCCUCCAAGAAAAACCUACCCGGAAAGAAACGCAAGAACAACAAAAAGAACCAGAGCAGGAAAAGAGCGAAUGCACCUCCAGACAAAGAGUGGCAGGUUGGGGACUCGUGCAGUGCAUACUGGUCGGAGGAUGGCCAGCUCUAUGCAGCCACUAUCUCCUUCAUAGACAAGAAGAGGGGCACUUGUGUAGUUGUUUAUACAGAGUACGGCAACGAGGAGGAGCAGAACCUUGAAGACUUACUGUCGGAGAUCUCUGAAGAUGAUGAAGAAACAAAUACCAAGGUAAAGGAGGCAGAAUCAUCCACAGAGGAAAGUGACAGGUCAACCACACCAAUCCAUCACAAACAACAGCCACACAGUAAACCCCAGAAGUCCAAGGCCCACAGAGAACCUCCUCCUGUGUGGGCUCCUGGGUUUCCUCAAGGCCCACCUCCCAUGCAUGCUUUCAAACAGGGAGGAAGCAGACGAUCUGGUGCUCACGGGCCUGUACCUCCUCCCUGGCCUCCCAUGAUGCCUUUUGGUCCACCAAUGAUCCCUCCACCUCCGCCUAUGAGCCCUGACAUGGUGGAUGACGAGGCUUUGGGCAGCGUGCUCAUCUCCUGGUACAUGAGUGGAUAUCACACGGGAUACUACUUGGGGUUGAAACAAGGACGCAAAGAAGCUGCCAAUUGGACGAAACUGCACCACAAAUGAAAUGAUCAACUCAACAUUUCAUAGUUUCAGUUUCUCAAGGUGUCUCCUAGUGCAGCAGCCAUCCUUCCUGAUGUGUGUUUUUCUUGUUUCAAUGAAAUAUCAUUAACUAAGUGUACAUGCUGAGUUCAUCGAAGCUCAAGGAGGAGAGUUUUGUAUUCUUUGUAAAUAGAUUAAAUAAAGGCUAUCGGAGCACA